CCUUCCCCCGUGUUUCCUCCCUUUCCCUUUUCCGAUAGAAAAAUAUUCAGAAGAAAAGCGAAUCUUCUCCACCCCGUAGGGCAAAAUCCCCCGCCCCCCAAAUCCCCCAUUCCCCCGAGCGGAUUGAUUCGAGGGCUGCAAGUUUCUCUCGCCCCCCGUCGCAUUCGCCUCCCGCUCGCUGCUAAGUUAUCCACGGAUUCGGACUGGUUUGGCCUCCGGAUUGACCCAGGAUCGCUGCGGAAGGUAUGGAUUCUCGCUAGGAUUUCAGUGGGCAGAUUGCUGUGGUGAUUCGCUCUAUGUCGCAUAGCAGCUAGUUAUCUGGGAGGGGUUUGGAUGUGAUCGGGUUGUGCUAUGAUGGAUCAUCUUGCUAUCAUUGCGACGGAGCUGGGGGAUUCGUCGGACUUUGAGGUGGAGGGCAUCCAGAAUCUCACCGAGAAUGACGUCAGUGACGAGGAGAUUGAGGCCGAGGAUCUGGCCCGGCGAAUGUGGAAGGACAGGGUUAAGCUCAGGAGGAUCAAGGAGAGGCAGCACACGCUUGCUCUGCAGCUGGCUGAGCUGGACAAGUCGAAGCCGAAGGCGAUAUCCGAUCAGGCCAUGCGCAAGAAGAUGUCGAGGGCGCAUGACGGGAUCCUCAAGUACAUGCUCAAGCUGAUGGAGGUGUGCAAUGCACGUGGGUUUGUUUACGGGAUUAUCCCUGAUAAAGGGAAGCCUGUGAGUGGUGCUUCCGACAAUAUUAGAGCUUGGUGGAAGGAGAAGGUGAAGUUUGAUAAGAAUGGCCCAGCGGCAAUUGCAAAGUAUGAGUCCGAGAACAUGGCGUCGGCUGAUGCUCCGAGCAGCGGAAUCAAGAACCAGCACAGCUUGAUGGAUCUCCAAGAUGCCACUCUGGGUUCGCUGCUUUCAUCAUUGAUGCAGCACUGUAACCCACCGCAGCGCAAGUACCCAUUGGAGAAGGGCACUCCACCCCCAUGGUGGCCUUCAGGGGACGAGGAUUGGUGGAUUGCCUUGGGCCUUCCAAGGGGACAAAUCCCUCCUUAUAAGAAGCCACAUGAUCUUAAGAAGGUCUGGAAGGUUGGUGUGCUUACAGCUGUGAUCAAGCACAUGUCCCCAGACUUUGAUAAGAUCAGAAACCAUGUGAGGAAAUCAAAAUGCUUGCAGGAUAAGAUGACUGCCAAAGAGAGUCUGAUUUGGUUGAGUGUUCUACAGAGAGAGGAAAGGCUUGUUUACAGCAUUGACAAUGGCAUGUCAGAGGUUACUCACCUGGCUCUGGAGGAUAGAAAUGGAGACACGCACAGCAGCAAUAAUGAGUAUGAUGUUGAUGGUAUUGAGGAAGCUCCUCUUUCUACAUCAUCUAGGGAUGAUGAGCACGACCUUCCUCUGGCUGUAGUACAGUUGAGUGAGGAACAUGUCCCUACAAGGAGAGAAAGAGCUAAUGUCAAACGUCCUAAUCAGGUUGUUCCUAAGAAGGCAGGAACAAAAGAACCACCAAAGAGAAAAAGACCACGCCACAGUGCCACUGCUGUUGAGCAUGAGGUACAAAGAGCUGUGGAUGCACCAGAAAAUUCAAGGAAUAUUAUUCCUGAUAUGAACCGACUGGACCAAGUAGAAAUCCCAGGCAUGGCUAACCAGCUUACGAGCUUCAAUGAGGAGGGUAAUACAAGUGAAGCUUUCCAACAUAGAGGAAAUACUCAAGGACAGACCCAUCUUCCUGGUGCCGACUUUAAUCACUAUGGCAAUGCCCAGGCUGCAAAUGCUACUCCUGUAAGCAUAUGCAUGGGAGGCCAGCCUGUACCUUAUGAAAGUAGUGAUAAUUCCAGGUCAAAAACUGGAAAUAUCUUCCCACUGGAUUCUGAUUCUGGCUUUAACAAUCUGCCUAGUAGUUAUCAGACCGUACCUCCUAAGCAGUCACUUCCACUAUCUAUUAUGGAUCAUCAUGUGGUUCCCAUGGGUAUCAGAACACCAGCUGACAACAGUCCUUACGGUGAUCAAAUAAUUGGUAGUGGAAAUUCAACUUCUGUUCCUGGAGACAUGCAGCUCAUUGAUUAUCCUUUCUAUGGCGAGCAAGAUAAGUUUGCUGGCAGUUCCUUUGCAGGAUUGCCUUUAGACUACAUCAGUAUCAGUAGCCCAAUCCCAGAUAUUGAUGAUUUGUUGCUGCAUGAUGACGAUCUAAUGGAAUAUUUGGGAACAUAACAUAGGCUACAAGCCUACAAGGCCUCCUUGCAUUGCCAAUCCAUUUUGUCAGUAGGAUUACCAUCUUAACUUGAGUAUGGAUUAUGGAAGCUUAUACUUAUUUUGCCAUCAAAUAUCAAUCUUGUUUGUUGAUACAAUUUCUAGUAUGGCAAAUUAUACCUGACUUGCAUUCUUUGGAAAUGAUAUAUCAAAUGAUGACCGAAUAAUUGUAAAUGAGAAAGGUGUAUAUGAUUUUAGUUUGAAAUCUGAUAUUUUUCUAAAGAAAGAUAUCUAGUGAAGAAUGGAGGUAGUUUUGUAAUCUUUUGAAUCUGUGAGAAAUGAAUGUCUUGGUUUCCUGCAGUCCUAUUUUCUCUCAUUCUCUCCCGUUUUGCGUUCUACAGAAAAAUUGGGAAAUCGCUUAACAUUUUGUAUGCAAGUAAGAAAUGAAAAACCAUCAGUUGAAGGGAUCUUCCUGUAUCCUAUCUCCAUAAUCCAUGUGGACCAUAUAUUCAAUUUUGACGAAGUAAAAGAAACUGUUGUAGUAGAUGAAAAUUCACUGCUAGUACCAUUUUCUGAUGAUAAUUACAGUCUAGGGGAAUUUUAGAGGUCACCGUCAUUGCAUAUAGAAUUGUAGUAUACCCUAAUAUUAUAAUACUACCUACCAGGCUGCAACGGGGGCUACUAAAUCACAGCAACACUAUCCUAUCUGUGCCCCUAUGCUGUUUGGCAAUUGGCACAGUUAUUUUGGGAGAUAGCUGCAAGAGAAGAACUAGUAAACCAAUGAUAUUUGGCAUAAUUAUUAUCGGUAGUCUAAUGCAGUUGUGAUGUUAGAUCAAUAUAGUUGAACAUCACUCCAUUUUAGGCUGUUCUGGUGGCCUUUUGGUAUGGCUGACUGGUACAUUUUCCUAUUUGUAAAACCUUUUGCGAUUCUGUUUGAAUUUCAAUUUUUUUAGUUCAAUUCAGACAGCAAUAAAACAGUCAUAUGGUGAA